AUGUCGAGCGAGGAUGACAUUGAGCUGCAUGACCGCCACGACCCCGGCCGCGACCGCGACCACGACCACCACAAGGGGGACCGUCUCCGCCGCUUGGGCCACCUGGUGCUGCUCGGCCCGAGAGAGAACGAAGGGUCGGACUACGUCCACGUCUACUCCCUGGCCGAAUGGCGAGACUCUGACUUCUGGCGAGCCCUGGUUGCCGAGUGCCUGGCCACCAAGUUUUUCGUCUGCUUCAGCAUACUCAUAGUCCUGUCGGCCAAGCAGUCGUUUGAGACGAGUCCCGCGGGCGAACAUGUGUGGGUCAUCGUGUGCCACAUGGCCCUGAUCCUUAUCUGCAUUUACAUCUUUGCACCUAUCUCGGGUGCCCACUUCAACCCUUCCGUCACAAUCGCCGUCUUAUUCUGCCGACGUAUCACCGUCCUACGGUGCCUGUGCUAUCUUGCUGCUCAGCUUGUGGGAGCUAUCGCUGGAGCUGGCCUGGCCAAGCUGGCGCUCCCAAGUGACAAGGAAGGCAACCUGACGUUCUACAUGACGUUCGGUCUUGUGUUUGGGUCUUUCGGCACGGCCUUUGAUCCGCGAGGCUGGGGCAAGCUGGGGCCAGUGGCGAUUGCCAUCAUUGUGGGAAUCAACAUACACGCCGGUAGCAUCGUUUCUGCAACGAUGAACCCGGCCCGCGCAUUUGGCCCUGCGGUCGUUCAGUGGAGCUGGGACGAUCACUGGGUAUGGUGGGUGGGGGCAGUGGGUGGUGGCGUGGCAGCGGGCGUGAUUUACGAGUACCUAUUCAUGCAGCGGAAGAACGCACGGCCAAAGGGAGUCCCCUCGACCUCAGGCGACAACCACGAAGAGAAGAAGACGCGCUAA